AAAAGAAGACUAUAAGUAGGCCUCUUCAUGCAAGGUGGUGAUCCUCGCACUACAAUUGCAUUCUAUAAACAAUUUAAUUCCUUAAAAAUUCCCCAAAACAUUUUCUCCACUUUUCAGUUUUCCUUGAGAAUUGUCAAUCUUGUGUCCAUAACUCCUUGCGAGUCAGUUGGUCACAAUAGUCUUUCCAUCUCUCUGCCUUAGUUUUCAUCACAUUCUUUAGUUUUGCGGUUUUCAAUUGAGCUGAGCAGCAGCAUGUCGACCACCCUGCAUGCGAAACUUGGGUGCAUUGAAAUUGCGUUGCUUUUUGCUGUUCCAAAAAACACUCUUACCAAACACCAAAGAAAAUGGCAUUCUGCUUUUGCAACAAUCUACUGCUCCAGAGCCUUCAACCUUUCUUCUCCAUCCAAACCCAAAUUCACAAACACCAAAAUACCUCGCUCUCCCUCUUAUGCCACUCUUACUGUCGAGCCAGAUAAUGAGUUUGAAAUUGAUCAAACCACCCUCACUUACCUUGUCAAGGAGAGAAGCCUCAACCAGCUCCGGGAGCUGGGAGGGGCUGAAGAAAUAGCAUCAGCUCUCAAAACUGAUGCAGAGCAUGGAAUCCAUGGCUAUGGUGAGGCUCAAGACAUUGCCAAAAGAGUUGAAGCCUUUGGCUCAAACACAUACAUGAAGCCACCAGCAAAAGGGUUCUUCCAUUUUGUUUGGGAAGCUUUUAAAGACCUCACAAUUAUCAUCCUCUUAGGCUGUGCUGCACUCUCUCUUGGUCUCGGGAUCAAAGUGCAUGGCCUUAAAGAAGGCUGGAUCGAUGGUGGAAGCAUACUUAUCGCAAUCAUUCUGGUGAUUUCUGUGUCGGCUGUAAGUAAUUACAGGCAGAACAGGCAGUUUGAUAAGUUAUCAAAAGUCAGCGACAACGUCCAAAUUGAAGCUGUGAGAGGUGGCAGGCGCCAACAGAUUUCAAUAUUCGAUAUUGUUGUUGGCGAUGUCAUUUGCUUGAAGAUUGGAGAUCAAGUUCCAGCUGACGGGUUGUUUCUUGAUGGCCAUUCAUUACAAGUAGAUGAAUCAAGCAUGACGGGGGAAAGUGACCAUGUGGAAAUAAAUCAAACCCAAAAUCCGUUCUUGUUCUCUGGCACCAAGGUGGCUGAUGGCUACGCUCGGAUGCUUGUAACUUCUGUGGGCAUGAACACAACUUGGGGUGAAAUGAUGAGCCAAAUCAGCCGUGACACAAAUGAACAGACGCCUUUACAAGCUCGCCUCAACAAGCUAACUUCAUCAAUUGGUAAAGUUGGGUUGGUUGUUGCUUUUCUAGUGCUCAUUGUCUUGUCAGUUAGAUACUUCACAGGAAAUACACAGGAUGAGAAUGGAAAUCAGGAGUAUAAUGGCAGCAAGACCAAAGUUGAUGACAUAUUAAACGCGGUCGUUGAGAUUGUAGCAGCUGCAGUUACAAUUGUUGUGGUGGCAAUUCCAGAAGGCUUGCCUCUAGCUGUGACUCUGACUCUUGCUUAUUCCAUGAAGAGAAUGAUGGUUGAUAAAGCAAUGGUGAGGAAGCUCUCUGCUUGUGAGACCAUGGGCUCUGCUACCGUCAUUUGUACUGACAAAACAGGCACUCUCACCAUGAAUGAAAUGAAGGUGACUAAGUUUUGGUUGGGUGAAGAACCCGUGGCAGAGGAAGCUUUUUCAUCUAUAUCUCCAUAUGUUCUUAAUUUGAUCCAAGAAGGGGUUGCUCUGAAUACAACUGGUAGUGUAUACAGGCCUAGUUCCGAUUCAGAAAUUGAAAUCUCAGGCAGUCCUACUGAGAAGGCUAUUCUUUCAUGGGCGGUACAUGGAUCGAAGAUGGAUAUGCAGAAAGUGGUGAAGAGUUGUAGCAUUCUGUACGUUGAGGCCUUCAAUUCACAGAAGAAACGAAGUGGGGUUUUGAUGAAGAGGAAGGCUGACAACAAUACAAGUCAAGCACAUUGGAAAGGAGCUGCUGAGAUGAUACUAGCAAUGUGCACAAGUUACUACAAUGCCUCUGGACUUGUUAUAAAUAUGGAUGACAAUGCAAAAAUGAGAUUUGAGCAGAUUAUUCAAGGUAUGGCAGCUAGCAGCCUCAGAUGCAUUGCAUUUGCGCAUAAAGAAAUUCCAGCAGAGGAGCAAGUGGAUGAACGAGACCACAAAGCUUUGCUAAAAGAAGAUGGAUUGACUCUAUUAGGACUUGUUGGUCUUAAAGAUCCAUGCCGUCCCGGGGUGAAGAAAGCAGUUGGAGACUGUCAAUAUGCAGGGGUAAAUGUCAAAAUGAUCACAGGUGACAAUGUUUUCACUGCAAAAGCCAUAGCCGCAGAAUGUGGGAUACUCAAGCCUAAUCAGGACAUGUUCAGUGGAGCAGUGGUAGAAGGUGUGCAAUUUCGCAACUACACGCCGGAAGAGAGAAUGUUGAAGGUGGACAAAAUCUGUGUAAUGGCAAGGUCGUCUCCAUUUGACAAGCUUCUAAUGGUGAAAUGCUUGAAACAGAAAGGCCAUGUGGUUGCAGUGACAGGUGACGGCACGAAUGAUGCACCUGCUUUGAAAGAAGCUGAUAUAGGACUUUCCAUGGGAAUUCAAGGCACAGAAGUCGCCAAAGAGAGCUCAGAUAUUGUGAUCAUGGAUGACAACUUUGCAUCAGUGGCCACAGUUUUGAAAUGGGGAAGAAGUGUUUACAAUAACAUCCAGAAGUUCAUCCAAUUCCAGCUCACUGUCAAUGUUGCAGCUCUUGUGAUCAACUUUGUAGCAGCAGUUUCUGCAGGUGAAGUCCCAUUAACAGCAGUUCAAUUGUUGUGGGUGAAUUUGAUCAUGGACACACUAGGUGCUCUUGCUCUUGCCACUGAGAAGCCCACAAAAGAACUCAUGGAGAAGAAACCAGUGGGAAGGACUGAGCCUCUCAUCACCAACAUCAUGUGGAGGAACCUCUUGCCUCAAGCACUGUACCAGAUUGCAAUCCUCCUGACCCUGCAAUUCAGAGGCAAAUCAAUCUUUGGCGUGGAUGACAAGGUAAAGGACACCUUGAUCUUCAACACGUUUGUGCUGUGCCAGGUGUUCAAUGAGUUCAAUGCAAGGAAGCUUGAGAAGAAGAAUGUGUUCAAGGGAAUUCACACCAACAAAUUGUUUCUGGGGAUCAUUGCAGUGACAAUUCUGCUUCAGGUGGUGAUGGUGGAAUUUCUCAAGAAGUUUGCAGAUACAGAGAGGUUGAAUUGGGGGCAAUGGGGUGCAUGUAUUGGAAUUGCAGCUGUUUCUUGGCCAAUUGGUUGGGUCGUCAAGUCUAUACCUGUACCAGAGAAACCCAUUUUCAGCUAUCUGAAGAUGACAAAACAUAAGAAGAACUCCAUUUGAAGUAUUUUGAAGGAAUCCCCCCAGGCUGGAUGCAUCAGGCAUGGUUUGCAUUCUUUUAUUUGAUAAUUUAUUGGAUUCUUUUAUUAUUCUAAAAUAUUGUUAUUAAAACUUUUAGUAUUUGCAACAUUGUUUUUGUAUGUAAGUAGAUUCAGCAUAUAAUAAUGUAAGUUAAUCUUCAGAUUUUCCUAUUUUAAUACACAACUUUAAUAAAUUAGUUUUACUA